AUGCAGUCCGUCGGCAGAGGUCUGCGAUAUGUGGGUCCUUCUUCCACCGCUUUGAGGGCGAUACCCCUCCAUCAUCCCGUAGCAUCAAGUUCAUGUGCUACGCUGGGGAAUGUCCGAUAUUAUGCUGCCAGAAGUCCAUUUCAGUGGCUUAGAGACAACCUUGCCAUGAGUGUACGCAGGAAGAACACAGCGAAGGAGAUUGCCGUCGCUCGGAAAGAGCAGACUGAGAAGGGCCAGCUCAGCGUGUUUGAGACCUUACCUACGGCGAAGGGUGAAAACGCUGGUGGUGGUGGUGUAGCACCUGUGGCGAAGAAGAAGCAUACGCAGCAUAAAUACUCUACCGGAAAUUUCAAAAUUUCCCAUCGCAAGCUCAACAUGCUUGGUCGACAAAUUUCUGGGAAGCCAAUUGAUUCGGCCGUACUGCAGAUGAUGUUCAGUGAGAAGCGAGCGAGCAAGCGGAUAAAGAGUAUGUUGGCUGUAGCCAAGGACCAUGCUAAACUGAAAGGCCUCGACGAGAAGAAACUCAUUGUUGCCGAGGCAUGGGUAACGAAGGGUCCCCAUGUCGUGAAGCGUAUUGAUAUCAAGGGACGAGGUAGGUUUGGUAUAAAGGAGCAUCCGGACUCGCGGAUGCAUGUUGUCCUCAAGGAGGGGAAGACAAAAACCGAGUUACUUGCUGAAGAACGUGCAAGGAAGUUGAAGAGAAUAGUGUCUGCAGGCAUUGUCAGGGAGGAUGUUCCGUUGCGAAAUCCUGGGCCUGCUUGGGCUUGGUGA